AUGGCUGGAUGUGUGUUGGCGUGCGAGGUGAGGAAGGUCAUGGGCGAAAAUGGGGGAGCUUUCUUGUAUUCACGAGCUCAAGAAGUCAAUGAGAUGGAUGGAUCUAAUACGGAGUUUGGCGAGUUAAAGAUGAAGCUACCUCACCCAUCAAGCGACAAGGUCAGUGCACUGGCGUUCUCGCCGGUUGCAAACUUUCUUGCUGUUUCUUCAUGGGAUAAGUAUAUGAAAAUAUAUGAAGUAGAUGCUGCAGUCGGAGUUGGAUACGGCAGACUAGAAUACAAGCAUGAAUUUGCUGUUUUAUGCUGUGCGUGGAGUAAAGAUGGACUUAAACUCGUUUCGGCCGGCGCGAAUAAGGCUGGCGGGGUGCAGACGGGCCUACUGGUUGAUUUAACUACACAACAGCAUAUGCAAAUUGCCCAACAUGUAUGUCCUAUAAAAACCAUCAAAUGGGUAGAUAAUCAAGUGUUCUGCACCGGAAGCUGGGACAAAACCGUCAAGUGUUGGGAUACUCGAACCCCGACUCCUGUAUUGAGCAUUCCUGUACCCGAAAGGGUUUAUGCAAUGGAUUUAAUAUAUCCUUUUUUGGUUAUUGGUACGGCCGAAAGGCACGUUGUAGCUUUCGAUCUAACGAAUCCUAGUAAACUAUACAAGUGGCAACCGAGUCCUUUGCAGUUUCAAACUACUGCAAUAUCUUUUUUCAUGAACGCGACUGGCUAUGCUAUAGGAAGCAUGAGCGCAGUCGGGAUACAAUAUCUCAAUAAGGAAGAGGAGCAAUUAAGCUUCUCAUUCGAAUGUCACCGAGAGGGCAGUAUCAUAAAUGCCAUCUCAUUCCAUCCCUUGUACGGCACAUUUUCAACUGCCGGCAGCGAUGGUACAGUUAAUUUCUGGGAUAAAGAUUCUCAGCGGCAACUCCAGGGCUUUCCCACCGUUGGGUGUCCGAUAUCAGCGAGUACUUUUAAUAGAGAUGGUACAAUAUUUGCUUAUGCCGCAAGCUACGAUUGGAGUGCGGGAUAUCUACCAUCACCACCGGGCAACCAUACUGUAUAUCUGCGCCGUGUAGGGGAGGAGGUUAUACCAGAAAAAAUGCGCCGCUUUCCUUGUCCUAUGACACUCGGCAGAUGA